AAGAACUCACUGCUGUUGUUUGUUUCUGUCACUUAUCCUUUUUUUCCCCUUCUCUUUUUGGACGUGUACUUAAUUAUUUAUUCGCGUCGUUAAAACCUUUGCCACAUGGUUGUUAAAAAGUACUGGAUUAUUUUAUUGCUCGCGCUUUGUGCUCUAGUCGCGGUCACCCAAGCGCAAGACCAAGUCGGUCAUGAUCAUGCUCAUGACGAAGUUGCCCACGACCACGACCAUGACCACGAUCACGGAACCGCUGUUGAGCCUGGUCACGACCAUACCUCUGAGCCACAUACCCAUGAAGCUGUCGACCCCGCAACGCACCAACACGUCUCGGAGCCUGGACAUGAUAGCGCCGCCGAAGCCGGUCACGAAGUAGCUCAUGAUCACAGUGCCGAAGCUGGACAUAGUCACGCAGGUCACAGUCAUGGUAGCGAGUCGUGCGAAGCUGAAGCCAUCGAGAAUUAUGAUAUGGGCAUGAGAGUGGGAUCCAUUUUCAUUUUGAUGGUUACUAGCGCUGUCGGUAUUUUUGCUCCUAUUAUCUUGCACCGCAUUCAUCCUUACUCGAAAGGUGAUAUUCGAGACUGGAUAUUGACAGUGGCCAAAUUUUUCGGCACUGGUGUCAUCUUGGCUACAGCAUUUAUUCACAUGCUGCCGGAAGCUUUGGAACGUUUUCACAGUCCCUGCUUGAGUGAAGGAUGGCAUAGUUACCAUGGCUUUGGUGGCUUAUUCUGCAUGAUAGCUGCUUUGGCUCUUCAACUUAUCGAAUUAGCUGCUAUUGCCAACUUGGAAAAGAUGUCCAAACAACGGUCCAACAGCCCCACGGGCAGUAUCGAAAAAGGUUAUACCGAAACUCAUGUGCACUCGGCCGGUUUACUGGAACACGACCAAGCUCUUCGUAAUAUUGGCACCCUUGUUCUCGAGUUUGGUAUUGUUAUGCACUCCAUUAUCAUUGGCAUCACUUUGGGAACCGUACCGAAUGCCUCUUUCACCAUCCUUCUCAUCGCUUUGGUGUUCCAUCAGUUCUUCGAAGGGAUUGCUUUGGGCACUCGCGUCAAUGAACUCAACUGCAAAACCUGGCUCAAGCCUAUCAUCAUGGGCCUUUUAUUUAUUGUCAUGACACCCAUUGGCGUUGCUAUUGGUAUUGGUAUCCGUGCUUCCGUCGACAUUCAUGCCUUGGUCACGUCGCAAGCUAUCCUUGACUCCAUUUCUGCUGGUAUUCUUUUAUACAGUGGUUUCGUCACCCUUAUUAGCUCGGAGAUCAACCACAAUGAAGGCUUCCGCCAAUCCACUUUCCCCAGAAAAGCCGCUUGUUUCGUGUCCAUGUAUAUUGGUGCAGCAUUGAUGGCUGUAUUGGGAACCUGGGCUUAGUUAAACUCCUUUACCUUGUGUCAUUUAUUAUCAUAUUUAGUCCAUCCAUAUAUCUUGUAUUUAUUAUUCCUUUAUCAUGUACUUUCUCUCUUCUUUAAUAUGUUACAACCUUCUUUUUCAUAUCAUUGCUGGCACAAUAAACCCCGUCAUUCAAGAAAAGAAAGAAAGAAAGCAAACCUGCAACUUUUUUCUGGUCCUGCAUGCACUAUGCAUAACAUUGCUCGUCAACAUCA